UAAGAGCGUUGAGAAGCAAGCAGGGCGGGCCCUGCGAGCCCUGCUGCAGGCCCCCUUCCGAGACUCCACGGAGAGCCCGGAGAGACGCUGGAGCCGAGGUCAUGGAAGGCAUGCCAUCCUACUCCACUCUGUUCCAGCAGGAAGACCAGCAUGGGAUCACCUACCGGAUCCCAGCCAUGCUCUACAUCCCUCCCAGCCACACCUUCCUGGCCUUCGCAGAGAAGCGGUCCACAAGCAAAGACGUGGAUGCCCUCUACCUGGUGCUCAGGCGAGGGGUGAUGGAUGGCCACUCUGUACAGUGGGGACCCCUGCAGCCACUGAUGGAAGCCACAUUACCUGGGCAUCGGACCAUGAACCCCUGCCCUGUGUGGGAGCGGAAUACCGGCCGUGUGUACCUGUUUUUCAUCUGUGUGCGGGACCAUGUCACUGAGCUUCGGCAGAUUAGGUCAGGCAGGAAUGCUGCCCGUCUCUGCUUCAUUUGCAGUCAGGACGCUGGGUGCUCGUGGGGUGAAGUGAAGGACUUGACCGAGGAGGUCAUUGGCUCAGAGGUGAAGCACUGGGCCACCUUCGCGGUGGGCCCUGGUCACGGCAUCCAGUUGCAGUCUGGGAGGCUGAUCAUCCCCGCUUAUGCCUACUAUUUCUCAUGCCGGUUCCUGUGCUUUCCGUGUUCGGUCAAAGCCCAUUCCCUGAUGUUCUACAGUGAUGACUUAGGAGUCACCUGGCACCAUGGCAAGCUCAUUGGACCCCAGGUGACAGCCGAGUGCCAAGUGGCGGAAGUGGCUGGGAGGACUGGUAACUUUGUGCUUUACUGCAAUGCCCGGACACCAAACAGAUUCCGAGCAGAAUCCUUUAGCACUGAUUACGGUGACUGCUUUCAGAAAGCAACCCUGAACCCACAACUCUAUGAGCCCGGCCGUGGCUGCCAAGGCAGUGUAGUGAGUUUCCAGCCCUUGAAGAUGCUGCACUUGCAAGACCCAAGUGGUAAAGAUGCGCCCGAUACUCAGAAGCGCCCUCUGCUGGACAGUUUUCUGGAGCGGGAGGAAGGAGCUGCAACACCAUCAAGAACGUGGCUCUUGUACUCACAUCCAACUAGCAAGAAACGGAGAAUUAACCUGGGUGUCUACUACAACCAGAACCCCUUGGAGGGGACCACGUGGUCCCACCCCUGGAUCUUGCACCGUGGGCCCUGUGGCUACUCUGAUCUGGCUGUUGUGGAAAAACAGGGCUUAUUUGCAUGUUUGUUUGAGUGUGGGCAGAAGCAUGAGUGUGAGCAGAUUGCCUUCCGUCUGUUUUCAGAUCAGGAGGUCCUGAGCUGUGAAGUCUGUAACAGCCCUAGUAGGAGCUAAAGCCAAAUCUAGACUGAUGGGGGAGGACCCAACUUUCCACAGAAGGCAAUGACAGCUACAGCCAGGAUAACAGAGGUCUUUGAUGUCUACAGAAAAUUAAAAAACUAAUAUUUUGCUGCUUCCAUUUUUUUUCACUUUUCCCUUUCCAAUGAGCCUAGAGAAAAUUGUGCCUUAUCGUACACAGCAAUAAGACUAUGGAACUGGGAGUUUGGAGACCACGAUGUGGUUUGGGUUCUGCUGCUGGCUUGCUUUAGGACUGUGGAUGAUGUAUCCCCCGAACUCUCUGGACAUCAGGUCUCCAUUGUAAAAUGAGAAGGUUGGUUUGUGACUUCUUGUCCUCCCAUUGAAAGGAGAGACCGAGUGCUACUUCUUGUCCCUCAAACCCUGGAGUCUGAUUGUGAAUGGAAGUCAGAGACUUAUCUUCUCAAAUGGCUCACUGCUCACUUGAGUAUGAGGUGACCAUAGGUGCUUUGACCAGAAGAUGUGUAUCGUUCUAUUUUUAAUAAGGGAAAUGCCCUUAUCCUCCUAAUCAUACCCUAGCUCUUCAAGUUCUCUAUCCUGGAAGAAUUGAGAGAGCAGAACCAUGAAGUCGGCUGCUUUCCCCGGCAUUGUUGCUAUGUUCAACCCCCCCCCCCCCCGCCUCCUCCAGAAAACAUUUCCCAGGGAGAAAUGAGAAAUCCCUGCCAGCUGCCCUUGAUAAUGGUGCUGAUUGCUUUUGAUGCCAUUAAAGAUGAA